GCCACCUCUCCACCAGCGCAUUUGUUCCCCUCCUCUGCUUCAGGAGACGUUUCACCGAGAGACGCACUUCAUCAUGUCUCCGGCUCUGCGCGCACAACUGCUCCUCUUCCUCGUCUCCAUGUCCUCCAGGAUGGGGCUCAGUCGCUACAUCGAGGACAUCGAGUCUUCAGAUGGAUUAUAUUCUCUGCUCAGUCUGGACCAGAAGAGAGAAACAGAGGAUUUCAUUUUCCGCCGACCUCUCAGGUGCUUGGACAUGCUAGCCACCGAUGGCUACUUCACCUUCGUGGCGACGCAGCCGCAGCCGGCCUGCGCUGCCUUCGUCAUCGCCGAGCCCAGUGAGGUCAUCAGCCUGGAGCUGUUUGACGUCAGCAUCGACUGCGGCGCCGGGGAUUUCAUCAAGAUGUUUGACGGCUGGGUCCUGAAGGGAGAGAAGUUCCCCAGCAGUCAGGACCACCAGCUCCCUGUGCACGAGCGCUACACGGACUACUGCUCCUCUCCGGCGACGGGAGCCGCCAGCCGCUCCUCUCAGAACGUCGCCAUGAUCUUCUUUCGCAUCCACAGCCACGACAGCGGCUUCACCCUCGCUGUCAAAAAGCUGCACAACCCCUUUCCCUGCAACAUCAUGUCUCAGAGUCCAGAGGGCAGCUUCACCAUGGUUAUGCCACACCAGCGCAGGAACUGCAGCUUCUCCAUCAUCUACCCCGUGGAGAUGCGACUGACAGAACUCAGCCUGGGGCAGGCCAGGAGCAACGAGCUCAGCCCACAGAGGCAGGUGUGGUCAGCCUGUGCGGGGUCAGGUGACUAUGUGGAGCUGCUAGGGGGCAACGGGGUGGACACCUCAAAGAUGUUCCCUGUGGCUGACCUCUGUUUCUCCCUCGCUGGGCUCGCCCAGAUGAAGAUCGGUUGUGAUAACUCCGUGUUGAGGCUGGUCUCCAGUGGGAACUACAUCAACCGCGUUUCCUUCCAGUACCGACUACUGGAACACAACGAGCUCCCCAACACCCGAGAGAACAGUCUGGUCAACUUCUGCACUGUGGAAUAAGAACAUGUCCCAGUUUGACUCAUGCCAUCAAUAAAUAUUUUGUAUUGUUAUUGCCAGAUAUUUUAUUUACUGUCUUGAAUAUGUUAGCCUUGGUCACAGAAUAUUUAUUUGAAUGAUUGUUUUCAGUCUACUCAGAUUUAUGGAGUAUGGUGGAUUUCGUUGUUUUCCUUUAAAGCCGUUUGUCAUGAAAACCAGCGAGAGCAACCUCCCCUCUGUUGUUCUUAGUUUAUAUCAGUUUCUGUUGGAGGGUUUUCAUCUCUGCUGUCUCUUGUUUAUAUUACCAUGACAAUUUAAAAAUAAAUAUGACUCGCAUGA